AAUCCAGGCUGGGAUAUCAGGUGUGCUGGAAUUUGCCUUUGAAUGCCUCUUUUUAACUUGUUGCAGCUACUCCAUCAGUUCCAGCACCUAAGACAGAGCCUUCUCCCUCACUGCCUUCUGCUGGUUCUCUGCCUAGCGUGGCAUCCACUACUGCUUCGCUUCUCCCUUCAGCAUCACAGCACACAGCAACGUUGCCCAGCUUGCCUCAGUCCAGUGAUUUGGCCAGCAGCUCACUUUCCCAGUUAAGCAGCUCCCUUUCCAAUCAUCAGAGCAGCCUCUCUCCUGCCUCAGUGUUGUCUUCAAGCACUUCAUAUGCACACACUAGUGUUGAGAACACAACUUCGCUUCAGCCCUCAACAACCUUUUCAACUGCUUCAACCUCAGCCACUAGCACCACCUCUUCGGUUGUCAGCAUGGCAAGCAGUAUGAACACUACAGACAGCCUUGGCCUGAGCGUUGCCAGUGUGUCUAUACCAGCUGCUACCACACGGGCAGCUCCCUUAGUGUCUUCAGGCAAAGCUCCCCCAAACCUGCCCCAAGGUGUACCGCCCUUGUUGCAUAACCAGUAUAUUGUGGGACCUGGAGGACUUCUGCCUGCCUACCCACAGAUUUAUGGUUAUGAUGAUCUCCAGAUGCUUCAAUCUAGGCUACCGAUGAGCUCCUGUAAGAUCUCCUUUACCUCUACUCCAUCAGUUCCAGCACCUAAGACAGAGCCUUCUCCCUCACUGCCUUCUGCUGGUUCUCUGCCUAGCGUGGCAUCCACUACUGCUUCGCUUCUCCCUUCAGCAUCACAGCACACAGCAACGUUGCCCAGCUUGCCUCAGUCCAGUGAUUUGGCCAGCAGCUCACUUUCCCAGUUAAGCAGCUCCCUUUCCAAUCAUCAGAGCAGCCUCUCUCCUGCCUCAGUGUUGUCUUCAAGCACUUCAUAUGCACACACUAGUGUUGAGAACACAACUUCGCUUCAGCCCUCAACAACCUUUUCAACUGCUUCAACCUCAGCCACUAGCACCACCUCUUCGGUUGUCAGCAUGGCAAGCAGUAUGAACACUACAGACAGCCUUGGCCUGAGCGUUGCCAGUGUGUCUAUACCAGCUGCUACCACACGGGCAGCUCCCUUAGUGUCUUCAGGCAAAGCUCCCCCAAACCUGCCCCAAGGUGUACCGCCCUUGUUGCAUAACCAGUAUAUUGUGGGACCUGGAGGACUUCUGCCUGCCUACCCACAGAUUUAUGGUUAUGAUGAUCUCCAGAUGCUUCAAUCUAGGCUACCGAUGAGCUCCUGUAAGAUCUCCUUUACCUCUGGUCCUUCUAUGAGGCUGGAGUCACAAUGACAUAGUUUGCUGGGGAAAUCUACAGUCUAAUCCAAUUUUAUGGAUGAUUGCAACACUUUCAGCCUCUCAGACUCACCUACAAAGGCAAGGAAGUUGAAAGGAACAGGGGAAGUUAAUUUCAAGAAAGAAGAUGGGAGAAACCACAAAAUAAAUUGAUUUACCCUAUUGGCAUAGAUCCAGAGUGUAUAGAAAAAUAGAGUUGGGACUCUGAAGUAAAAACUAAAAACAAGCUCCUAAAUUAACAGAGAUAAGAAAACAACAUAAAUAAAGCCUUUGAUUUGACCAGAGCACUAGAGUUACCAGUAUCUUUAGGCCAUAUAGUUUUCAGUCACCUGAAAAGAGCUUCUCCCCAUUCUCUCUGUCUUCUGUUCUCUGAAAACAGAAGUAUUCUCACUUUAGGGCCUUAGUCACUAGCAAGUUUUUCUGUGUCAUGUUUAGAAGCUUGCACGCAUUUUUCAGCUGGACACAUAACUGCAAAAAUACAUUGUCUGCGUAGUCUAAUGUGACUCAUGAAACACAGCUAAAAGCUUAGUUAUGGAAAAGCUUAUAAUGAUUUCAGAAACUUACCAUUCAUUACUUUGCAAGCAAGGAAAUUGAAAGCUGUAAUGAUGGCUUUUAUCUUGCAAAUUUACCCCAAGAACUUUAAAAAGUUCUGAAUAUUACAGCUAAAGAACAGGAUGCUGCUGGUCAGAGCAAUUAGCAAUACUGUGCAAUUCCAGCUUUCUGUCAAGGUGCUAGAAUCUAUUACAGAAAGUAAUUUAAUUAUGCACUUUAUUAUCUGUAAUGAAUAUAAAUUCACUGGUUUACUUCCAAAAUUUCCAAUUAAAUAUAGGUAUUAUUUUUCCGUAAUACCAGAAGCUCAUUGUUAGCAUUUAUCAGAAGUACUUUGCCCAGAAGAGGUGAUACUAUUAACUUUUCUCCUGCUUUCUCCUUGUGUAUUAGACAAACACUACUGAUGUUAUUUUGUGAUGCAGGAUAGUUCAGAAACACAUGAAUGGCAUAAUAGUGUCCCAACAGCCUUAUUUAUAAUAUAAUGUUGAUAGUGGAAAUCUAAUAUGGGCUGCUAUUAUGGGUGAUUUUGAACUAUCAACAGUACCAGACAAAUGGAAAAUUUUUGAAUGCAUUGAAUGUGGGGUCUAUAAAAACUUAAUUCAAAAACUUAUGCGUGGAGUUAAUUUUGAUGUUGAUCAAUACCAGCAGUAUUGGUUAGUGUCCUGGGUUUCAAUAUGUGGUGGGGUUUUUGGGUAGCAGGGGAGGGGGGCUACAG